ACCCUCCGAUUAAAAAGUUAAAAACCCCGACCUCUGCGCUUUCUCUUUCCUACAAUCGAUUCGAUCCGAUCCCAUCGCCGCGAAGAAGAAGAAGAAGAGGAAGAGGAAAGAAGAGGGCGAUAGCCAUGAGCAGCAUCGGCACCGGCUACGACCUCUCCGUCACCACCUUCUCCCCCGAUGGCCGCGUCUUCCAGAUCGAGUACGCCGCCAAAGCCGUCGACAACAGCGGGACCGUGAUUGGGAUCAAAUGCAAGGAUGGGGUAGUUUUGGGCGUGGAGAAGCUGAUCUCUUCGAAGAUGAUGCUGGAGGGGUCGAAUCGGAGGAUCCAUUCGGUUCACCGGCACUCUGGAAUGGCUGUGGCAGGCUUAGCAGCAGAUGGGAGGCAAAUUGUUGCACGAGCAAAAUCAGAAGCGGCAAGUUACGAAAGAGUAUAUGGAGAGCCAAUACCUGUAAAAGAACUUGCAGAUCGUGUCGCUAGUUAUGUCCAUCUUUGCACACUAUAUUGGUGGCUAAGACCUUUUGGUUGUGGAGUUCUUCUUGGAGGUUAUGACAGAGACGGGCCACAGCUUUACAUGGUUGAACCUUCAGGUGUAUCUUAUAGGUACUUUGGUGCUGCAAUGGGGAAGGGAAGGCAAGCGGCCAAAACAGAGAUAGAGAAGCUGAAGCUUUCUGAACUAACAUGCAGGGAAGGAGUUAUUGAAGUUGCUAAGAUAAUUUAUGGGCUGCAUGAUGAAGCAAAAGACAAGGCUUUUGAGUUGGAAAUGAGCUGGGUCUGUGAUGAGUCAAAUCGCCUGCAUCAGAAGGUUCCAGAUAAUCUUUUGGAGGAAGCUAAAGCCGCAGCAAAAGCCGCACUGGAGGAAAUGGACGCUGAUUAAGAACGCAUGAAUUAUACUUGUUCCUUUCUUACAUCUCCCAUGAUCUGGGACAUGAUGAAAUUUGUUUUAGAGUAUUUCUCUUGAUAGUUGAACAGAUAGUUUCAUGUAAGAGAAAUGAUUUGGAACUCUGCAAAGGGUUUCUUUGUACUUGAAAUGCUUGGGAUAGCUCACAACUCGGAGGAAGAAAAUUACUGUUGCAAUUGGUGCUGAAAUUUACUGCCUUUUCGUUAUGUUAAUUGCUUACUGUUCUUCAUUAUUCA